AUGAACCGCUUAAUUCGCUUGCUUUGUGUCUCUCUGGUUGCGUCUUCCGCUAUCGCAGCUCCAGCUCCUGAGCAGUCCGAGCCAGUGCUGACGACCAAAGACACCUUCUUUGAAAACCUCAACAACAUCAAUGAGGCAUCGAUUCACAAAGCUCUACACCUCAUCGAGCGAUUUCGCCAUGGCGUCUUCCCCACUGACAGAGACGCCGUUGAUGCCAUCCAGAAAGAGGAUCGGUCACUGGCAGCUCAUCUGAACAUCGUAAGAGAUGUCAGCAACGCCACCACGUCUGCGGGCAAUUCCCCUGCAACGACCCAGGCGCCUUCGACUACUGCUCAGCAAACCACUUCAGAGACUCAGAACCCAACGACUAGCACCACCGAGUCAACUACAACGACUUCCACCCAAUCCAGCGCUGCUCCUACCACUACUUCUGAGACGCAACCUACUACUACAACCACCACCACAAGCGAGACCACUCAGUCGACUUCGACUUCGUCUACUCAGAACACCCCCGCCCCCACCACGGCUGCUCCCACUACUACGACAUCAACCACCAGCUCGCAAACCCAGACAACUCUGACAACCACCUCCUCCACAACCGAGGCCCCAACCACCAGCAAGACUUCCACCACCCGUACCCCCUACACCUCGACCUACAAGAGUACGACCACCCUCCCCAAUGGCCAGCAGAGCACCGUCACAGCCGUGACGGUCGUCUACCCCACCGGUGACAGCUCCAACCAAGCCGCCACAACGACCGGUCCGGCCCCCGGCCUGCAAACCGGUAAUGCCGCGUCCAUCACUGGGCUCAAGAAGGAGCUGCUCGUCAUGCUUGGAGGCGCCGCCGCCGUGGCUAUGGCUCUGUAG